AUGAGUGAAGGGGCGGCCGCUGCCUCGCCACCUGGAGCCGCUUCGGCAGCCGCCGCCUCGGCCGAGGAGGGCUCCGCGGCGGCUGUGGCUGCUGCGGCGGCGGCAGCGGCGGCGGGCGGGGGCCCGGACGGCGGCGGCGAAGGGGCGGCCGAGCCCCCCCGGGAGUUACGCUGUAGCGACUGCAUCGUGUGGAACCGGCAGCAGACGUGGCUGUGCGUGGUGCCUCUGUUCAUCGGCUUCAUCGGCCUGGGGCUCAGCCUCAUGCUACUCAAAUGGAUCGUGGUGGGCUCCGUCAAGGAAUACGUGCCCACCGACCUGGUGGACUCCAAGGGGAUGGGCCAGGACCCCUUCUUCCUCUCCAAGCCCAGCUCCUUUCCCAAGGCCAUGGAGACCACCACGACGACCACUUCCACCACGUCUCCAGCCACCUCCGCCGGCGGCGCCGCCUCUUCCAGGACGCCCAACCGGAUUAGCACCCGGCUGACCACCAUCACGCGGGCGCCCACUCGCUUCCCAGGGCAGCGGGUGCCCAUCCGGGCCAGCCCGCGCUCCACCACGGCACGGAGCACUGCGGCCCCCUCGACGGUCUUGUCCACGACAGCCCCUUUCUUCGGUAGCAGCACUCCGGGCUCCCGACCCCCGGUGCCAGGAACCCCCAGUACCCCGGCCAUGCCCUCCUGGCCCACUGCGGCAUACGCUACCUCCUCCUACCUUCAUGAUUCUACUCCCUCCUGGACCCUGUCUCCCUUUCAGGAUGCUGCCUCCUCCUCGUCUUCCUCCUCUACCACCACCACGCCAGAAACUAGCACCAGCCCCAAAUUUCAUAUGACGACAUAUUCCACUGAGCGAUCUGAGCACUUCAAACCCUGCCGAGACAAGGACCUUGCCUACUGUCUCAAUGACGGCGAGUGCUUUGUAAUUGAAACCCUGACCGGAUCCCAUAAACACUGUCGGUGCAAAGAAGGCUACCAAGGAGUCCGCUGUGAUCAAUUUCUGCCGAAAACUGAUUCCAUCUUAUCGGAUCCAACAGACCACUUGGGGAUUGAAUUCAUGGAGAGUGAAGAAGUUUAUCAGAGGCAGGUGCUGUCAAUUUCAUGUAUCAUCUUUGGAAUUGUCAUCGUGGGCAUGUUCUGUGCAGCAUUCUACUUCAAAAGCAAGAAACAAACUAAACAAAUUCAAGAGCAACUGAAAGAGCCACAUAACAGUAAAAACUACAGUCUCAAAGCAUCCAGCACAAUGGCAAAGUCAGAGAACUUGGUGAAGAAUCAUGUCCAGCUGCAAAAUUAUUCAAAGGCGGAAAGGCAUCCCGUGACUGCAUUGGAGAAAAUGAUGGAGUCAAGUUUUGCUGGCCCCCAGUCAUUCCCAGAGGUCCCUUCUCCCAACAGAGGAAGCCAAUCUGUCAAACACCACAGGACUCUCUCUUCUUGCUGCAGUCCAGGGCAAAGGAGUGGUAUGCUCCAUAGGAAUGCCUUCAGAAGGACACCCCCCUCGCCCCGAAGUAGGUUGGGCGGAAUCGUGGGACCAGCAUAUCAGCAACUCGAGGAAUCAAGGAUCCCAGACCAGGAUACGAUACCUUGCCAAGGGAUAGAGGUCAGGAAGACUAUAUCCCACCUGCCUAUACAGCUGUGGUGUGUUGAAAGAUCCCUGGAUUUAAAGUAUUCAUCCAGUGGUUUAACAACCCAACAAAAUGCAUCAAUAAAUAUGCAACUGCCUUCGAGAGAGACAAACUCCUAUUUUAAUAGCUUGGAUCAAACGGACCUGAUGGGAUAUUCAUCCCCAAGGGCCAGUUCCGUGCCCAUCAUCCCCUCAGUGGGUCUAGAGGAAACCUGCAUGCAAAUGCCAGGGAUUUCUGAAGUCAAAAGCAUCAAAUGGUGCAAAAACUCCUACUCUGCUGAUAUUGUCAAUGUGAGUAUUCCAGUCAGCGAUUGUAUUAUAGCAGAACAACAAGAAGUGGAAAUAUUGCUAGAAACUGUCCAGGAGCAGAUCCGAAUUCUGACUGGUGCCAGGCGGUCAGAAGACUACGAACUGGCCAGCGUAGAAACCGAGGACAGUGUGAGUGAAAACACAGCCUUUCUCCCCCUGAGUUCCACAGCCAAAUCAGAACGAGAGGCCCAAUUUGUCUUAAGAAAUGAAAUACAAAGAGACCCUGCAUUGACCAAGUGA